AUGGUCAUAAGCUUGACAGCUGCUGGACAUGUCAAUCCCUCCGACACUGGAAGGAGGCAGGAGGGGGAGGAGAGGAAGAGAGGAGAGGCUGGCAGGAUGAUGACAGCGGUGCUCUUCCUAGCCAUGUUCGCAUCAAGUUCCGCUGACUAUCAGGGCGAUUGGGAUCGCGCGGUGAAGGAGGGGAAAGAGCACGCGUUCAUCCCAGCAGAAGGGAGCGCCUACUUCUGCAAGAGCAAGGACGAGUACGUCAGAGAGGCAAAUCACAGCGAUGGGUACUUCUUCUGCCAAGAUUACGUCGAUUAUGCCGCCGCUUGCGAUGCGCAAGACCGCCGGUCAUGCAACAACAGAGUCAUUCAAAAACUUUCAACGAGCCCUGAACAUAUCUACAAGAAGAUGUACCUCCCUGGAACAGAGAGGACUGAGCAAGGCAAAGUCAAGAAGUCUUACCCUGCGGAUUGCAGCAAGAUAAGCCAGGACAGCACCUCAUCAACAAACCUCUACCUCGCAAAGCACGGUUGCUAUGGCAACGUGUUUCUUGAUGACACGGCGUCAUCGAUAGAUGAUUUCUACGUCAACAGCAUCAUAGAGAUUAUCUCUGAUACAGAAACCAACGGCCAGUGGGCAGUCAUCAGCAAGUACAGCGGUUUCUCCAGGCUCGCCAUGUUCGACAAAUGGAAGCUUCCUGCAGGCUCCCAGCGUGUGGAAGCAGCAGCGGUCACUGAAACUGACAAUUAUCGCAUCUACUUGAGCGAGGAUGCUCGCGGGAAAUGCAGGAACAGCAAGAACCCAGCGCAGCGCAUGGGAGCUCCUUGCGAGCUGGCUCAGUACCCUGACUUAGCUUGGCUGCCCAACGAGUUCAUGGGAGGGACGAGGUGCCUGGAGUCAGAGCAGUGCCACAAGAUCGACAGCAAGUACAUCUCUCCGACAGCAGCGAAUCUAUUUGACGUCAACGGGUAUCCGAGAUUGCCGGAAUCAAAGUAUGCAUGUUGUCAGCGAGACGGUAUCACAAUCGUGGACAACAAAAAGGGAACAAACGGCACUCUAGAAGAGAUGUGGAACAUCUACACGCUCGAGUCAACCAACAAUUCUGGGCAGAUCCAGCAUAACUGCUCGUGGCGACAAGGAAAUACCCAAGAAGAGGCCAUCGCUGCCAAACCCACUAAGAGUUUCGUCACUACACUCGCCACCCAGGCGAUCGAGGCGUCAGGCUGCAUCUUCAACUUCUCUCGGACUCGAGACUUUGCGUUGGACUUCUGCGUGCUAAAGACCUGCUUCCCUGUGUGCAUGGAUGUCGUUCGCAAGUGUCCUCUGGAGAUCGAGUUCAACUGCCCCACUGACUCAGACCGGAGGGAGUAUGAUUACUCUGCCUGCAACAUCAACCUUGCAGAAGGAUGCUCUAUGGUCCUGAUCUCUAGCGCAGCUGAAGCCAAGCUGGACAGGAGGCAGGUGCGAGAUUGGGCUACAUGCAGGAACAAGGGAUCCAAUGUUGGCAUCGUAGCCAUCGAGCCCCCCAAACAGCUUCCAGCUGCUGUGGGGACAGGAGAGAAGGAAGAGUCGAACAAGUUCUGGGAGGCAAGGAAAGACGAAGGUGGAAAGAUGCUUCGUUACUUCAACGCGUACGGCUCCAAGAAGGAGACAGACUGGUGCUGGGUUAAGGAGAAGGUGGAGAUUUAA